AUAUUCUGUGCGUGUACGUAAAAGUUGAGUUGACUGCAACAUGGAGGACUUGUUUACAUUACACUAAAGUCUUUAAUGAGAACAUAUCAAAUUAACAUAAGUAGACAACCAAUAUGGGACAACAAAUCAGAUCUACACAACAAAUUACUGAGAAAGAGAAUGUUAUGCAGGUAUUAAACGAAACUUCCUUAUCAAAUUUUCCCAUGGAAGUUCUUGAACAUAUUUUUAGCUUCCUGCACAGAGAUGAUCUUCUACAGGCCAUGUCUGUGUGCACAAGCUGGAAGUCUCUAAUCUCUAGCAGUCCAAAUCUGUGGCGUAGCCAAACGUUUAUUUUUGAUUGCUCUCUCCACGUCAAGAAAAAGAAAAAAGUAGACAUGUUGUUUUGUACACAAAAUUUUGGACCCCAUUUUCAAACAUUGUCAGUUAGGUGCCGACACCCUGACGUGCCAUAUUGCGAUUGCACAAAAAUGGCCCAGCAGUUCCACCUGUUUCUCACCGGCUUAAGGUCACCUGAAUUGACAUCUUUCAAGGUCUACGACCUUCAAUUACUUCAGUGGUUUUGCCCCAAUAAGAUAGUCCCCAAACAAAUAAGCAGUAAAUUAACUCAAAUGCUCUCUAGUGGGUGUCGUCUGAAAGUCUUUAAGAUGCCUGACUCCCGCUGGCCAGUAACUGAGGGUCGAGAGGUCUUGGACAUUGUGUUUCAAAACUCCAGAAACACUCUAGAAACACUGAAUAUUGCUGAAUAUUUUUACGCUUAUGGUAUGUUUCCUGCUACCUGGGACUGGUUUGCAACAGGUCUGACGUCAUUAACAAAUCUAACCAAACUUUCUAUCUCUUUAUUCUAUCUCACUGAUGAACUCAUUGUCUCCAUUGCACGAGUUCGAAGAGGUCAGCUGGCAAAGCUCUCUCUGACUGCGAACUUUGACCUUAGGAACAUUCAUAUUGAACAAGAUAGCUGGAAAUGUCUGUUGAAAGCAUGCCCCAACAUAAAAGUCUCAUGCAAGAUAGUUGGUUACGUCGUCAAUCCUCGUGGGUCUCUCCUAGCCUUAUUUGACUCAGUACUCCCUAUUACCAAACUACAGAUUAAAAUACCUUAUGCCUAUGGUUUACGGGACUUGACUGAGCUGAAAAUCACGUUGGAACACGCCAGAACUCAUUAUGGGCCAUGGCUCAAGAGCUUUAUACUGGUCGUGAACAACAAGAAGGAAGAGAACUUUGAUCAGUCUUUGAUCAACCUAGUUAGAGAUUGUCCACAUCUUUCCUAUGUGAAGGCUUUAGUUUCCUAUUACUCGGAGGAUACAGUAAAGACAAUCAACAGGAUGGUCGCACAGAGACGGCAGGCACUAGCAUGGAUACACAGAACCAAAAAGUCUUCAGCCACUGUCCCGUUGUGGAGAAAGCUCUGAACUUGAAGACCCCAUUGGCCGGCCUUCUUGACUUCAAAGAGCGUCUCAACAAUAGACUGACGGCAUUAUUUCAUUUAUACAAUUCUGUAAAUGACUAUAGAAAGAGAUGUUUAGAGCAGCAUAAAUGGCUUCAAAACUAUGACAGUUUUAAUAUAAUUCAUUAAAAAGUGUAUAUAUUUUAUAUUAUAUACGGCCAUUAAGAUAACAAUAUUUAUUAAACCAAUGUCUGCCUUCAGUGUGUACUAAACGUGGUAAAAAGGUAAAAGGACCUGAGAUUAAAAUUUGAUAAGUCGGAUCAGGGCCGGACUUAGUCAUGAUAAAGCCGUCAGUGAGAGAUAAUGCAGUAUACAUUUUAUUUCUUAAAUAUUUUGUGACAAACGACAAACGACAAUAUACAUGAACUUGUAUUUCUUAAUGUAGCAAUAUAAAGUUCCAGCACUCCAGAAAAAAAAAGCACAGCAGUUACAUUCAAAAGAAAAGAUAACCGAAGGCGAGGUAUCCUAUAAUAAAAUAUAUCUUUUUA